UGCAGCGCCCUCAUCAUCGGACUGGUGACGCCCGUUGACAAGUCAUACAAUAAUUAUUAUUUUCAAUUAGAUGUCAAUAAAAUAAAUAAUUAAUAUUUUAUCCAGUUUGUUGAUAAACAAUCAGAUGUGAAAGUUAUUUUAUUUAUAUUCAAAUAAUUAAAGAAAAAAAAAAUGGCUUGUGUGGAUAAAAUGUUUUGUUUAAUAAAAUUUAUUACUCUGAUAGUUUUAUGUCAGAGAGUAACAGUUUCAGCACAAUAUUAUAACACUAAUUAUAAUUACAAUUAUAACAAAAAUACUGAGCCUGUAUACACAAGCCAAAAUCACACGGCAAUAUGGUGUACAGUUUCUCCAGAGGAGCAAGAAAAAUGUAAAGCAUUUGUACAGGCUAUUGACCGUGAGAUAUCUCAAUUUGGUCGUUACUACAUCAGUCUUCAGUGUCACCAAGCUUUCAACAAGGAUGAAUGUAUGGUUCUUUUGGAUCAAGAGAAAGCCCACAUGACAACUCUUGAUGCUGGUGAAGUCUUUGUGGCAGGAAGAUAUCAUAGUUUAAUUCCAAUAAUGCAAGAGAUUUAUACAACUGGUGUAAACUAUCAGUAUGCUGUUGCUGUUAUUAAAAACAACACACUAUUAGAUGUAACAUCAUUACAUCAAUUACGUGGACGAAAAGCAUGCUUUGCUGGUGUUGGUACCUUAGCUGGAUGGGUUGUUCCAAUUCAUACUCUGAUGACAAGAGGUGGAUUAGAAGUGAUUGACUGUAAUAAUCACGUCAAAUCAGCGAUAGAAUUCUUCGGACCAUCUUGCGCUGUGAAUUCUCUAGUUGAUCGGUAUAAUCCUUUAGGAGAUAAUUCAGAUCAGUUAUGUAAACUUUGCAUUGGAGACAUUCCUGGAGGUAUUUGUACCAAUAAAGAUCCUUAUGCUGACUAUGAAGGUGCCUUUAAGUGCCUUGUAGAAGCUGGAGAAAUAGCUUUUUUAGUUCAUACAACAGUUCAGGAAAUGACAUCAAUGAGUUUUGAUUUUAAUUCUAUUUCUAAAAAUGACUUUGAGCUAUUUUGUCCAGAUGGAUCUCGAAGACGAAAUAUCGAUGAUUAUCAAGACUGUAAUUGGGGAAGAAUUCCAUCACGUGCUGUUGUUGUGUCAUCGGCAACUAAAGUUGAAAAUCGAGUUUUGUAUCAAAAGUUUUUAGGAAAAGCUGUUAAAUUGUUCAGCAAAACGCCAAUCAACUUCAACGGAACUGAUGACUUUAAUCGAGGUCAUACACAAGAGAGAAAUAAUGAUAGAGAAUCGUAUGAUAGAAGCUUUGAUGGCAAUGAGAAUAAUAACAAUAAUAAUAAUAAUUACAAUUAUAAUGAAAAUUAUAAUUAUAAUAAUCAGUGGAAUCAUGAAUCAAAUAAUACUUAUUAUGAUCGUGAUCGAGAAUAUUCGGCCUAUGAUCCAUCAAAUCCACCAUCAGUUCAACCUUUGGAGGUCUUUGACAUAUUUGAAUCUGUACCAAAAUAUGGAUCUAGACAUAAUUUACUGUUCUCUGAUGCCGCUAGAGAUUUUGUUCCUAUUGGAGAUAAAGAUCAGACGUAUAAACAUUAUUUAGGACAUUCAAUGGAGGCUAUAAUGGGAGUUAGGGAUUGUCCUGUUGGAAGAAUGAAACUUUGUGUCACUUCAACACCGGAAAAGGAUAAAUGCGAAAAGAUGAAGGUUGCUUUAAAAGCUCAACUUUUGAAGCCAGAGCUUUCUUGUUUCAUGGGAUACACUCAAAUAAAUUGUAUGCAAGCUAUCCGAGAUGGUCAAGCAGAUGUAGCUGUACUAGAUACCAGUGAUGUUUAUACAGCAGGUCUAUUUUACAAUUUAAUACCUUUCAUGGCUGAAAUGUACAAUCUUCUAACUCCAGAAUACUAUGUGGUAGCAGUAGCAAAAGAGAACGAUAACUCAACAGACAUAACUUAUUUAAAAAAUAAAAAUAGUUGCCAUACAGGAAUCAACACUGCCGCUGGUUGGGUCUACCCAAUGGCUUAUUUAUUAUCAAAUGGAUGGAUACGUGGUUAUGGAUGUGAUUCAAUUCGCGCAGCAGCUGAAUAUUUUAUGAAAUCUUGCAUUCCAGGUGCUCAUAGCAUUGAAUAUAAUGUUGGUAUUCCAUAUGAAAAUAUGUGUGGUCUUUGUCAUGGUGUUAGCAAUCGAUAUUGUCGUCGUGAUGCUACUGAAGACUUCUAUGGUCAUACUGGUGCCAUCAGGUGUCUUGUUGAAGGCGGUGGUGAUGUUGCCUUUGUCAAACAUACCACAGUAUUUGAAAUCACUGAUGGAAAACGUAAAGAGACAUGGGCUAGAAAUACUUUUACUAAAGAUUUUCAACUUUUAUGUCCUGAUGGAACUCGUAAAGCCACGUAUCAAUACCGUGAUUGCAAUUUGGGAAAAGUUAAAGCUAAUGCUAUUGUAGCUAGAGGAAAUUAUGAAGGAUAUAAUGAGACAGAAAUUAAUGCUUAUAUUAACUUAUUUAUUUAUGCACAACAAUUUUAUGGAAGAAAAGAAACAGAUGAGUUCAGCUUUAGUAUGUUCUACAGUAAUCCACCAUAUACAGAUCUCAUUUUUCAAGAUGCUGCUCAACAGUUGGUGGUUAUUCCACCUGAAGAACGUGAAUACAGCAGAUAUUUGGGUUCAGAUUUUAUGAGAGCUAGAAGAAUUGUUGACUGUAAUGCCGGAGCUAGUGAAAUUGCUUUUUCACUAAUUAAUAUAAUUGUAACAUUCUUUCUAGUUAUGAUGCUAAGUAGAUAGAUUUUUUUUAAAACAAACAUAUUUAUAAAUAUUCUUUUUAUAUGAAAAAGUUAUUCAUAAGAUAGAAUCUCACAAUCCGUCCAAUUGUUAAAAUCAAAUCUUGUUAACAAAUCCUAGAUUAUUUUUAUGUUUUUUUUUUUGUAAAUACCGAUAAAAUUUUUUAUUGAAGUAUUAAUAUUAAUAUUAAUUAUAAUGAUAGAUUAAAAAAAUGA